AGACAAAUGGCGUUCGGUGGGAAAGCAAAGCGCUUGAUUGUGAAUUUUUUGACUAAUCACCAUCUUUUUCUGACUUUAACUUAAACAUCGCAAUUUGCAGUUUCAAGCUUAGCUUUCUUCUGAAUUUUGAUCAGAUUUAGCCUCAACAAUACAUACUCAUCAAUCGAAGUCUCUCGUCACCGUUUAGCUUCACCGAGUUCAUUGUCCAUGGCGGCAGAGCCACCUCCACCGUCGGAGAUCCACCUGAGGAUCAAUUCUGGGAAGAACAACAAUGUGAUACACCCAGCGGAGGCGGACGCGGCUCUGCCCUAUUCAACAAGUAGAACCCCUGUGGAAUAUACCGAAGCAAAGCAAUUCAAGAGAUGGUUUACCUGGCUAAUUCCUCUCAUUGUUAUUGCCAACAUCGUUGUGUUUGUAAUUACCAUGUACGUCAACAAUUGCCCCAAAAACUCUGUCUCUUGCGUCGCCCGCUUCCUCGGUCGUUUCUCCUUUCAGCCGCUCAAAGAGAACCCUCUUCUCGGGCCUUCUUCAUUAACGCUACAGAAGAUGGGAGCUCUUGAUGUAGCUAGAGUGGUUCACAGACACCAGGGCUGGCGCCUCAUCACUUGCAUGUGGUUACAUGGUGGUGUCUUCCAUGUGUUGGCAAAUAUGUUGGGUAUUCUGAUAAUCGGGAUCCGGCUUGAGCAAGAAUUUGGGUUCUUGCGUAUUGGAUUGCUAUUUGUGAUUUCUGGAUUUGGGGGAAGUCUGCUUUCUGGUCUAUUCAUUCAGUCAAACAUCUCAGUGGGUGCCUCUGGGGCUCUUUUUGGAUUGCUCGGAGCCAUGCUUUCUGAACUCAUUACUAAUUGGUCUAUGUAUGAUAACAAGUUUGCAGCACUCUUCACUCUAGUGAUUAUCGUUGCAGUCAAUCUAGCUGUAGGAAUCCUCCCACAUGUGGACAAUUUUGCUCAUCUUGGAGGAUUUAUUACAGGAUUUCUUCUUGGAUUUGUGUUCCUGAUCCGUCCUCAGUUUGGUUGGGUUAGCCAAAGAUAUGGUUCUUCAGAUUACUCUUCUGCCUCAAUUAGAUCUAAGUUCAAAAAAUAUCAGUGCAUCUUAUUUAUGCUCUCUCUGAUCCUUGUUGUUGCCGGAAUUACUGUUGGCCUUAUUGCACUUCUCCGUGGUGUGGAUGCCAAUGAUCAUUGCUCUUGGUGCCAUUAUCUGUCUUGUGUCCCAACUUCAAGAUGGAGUUGCAAUAACGAGCCUUCAUCUUGUUUAACAAGCCAACUUGGCAGUCAGCUGAACAUGACUUGCUCAAACAGUGGGAAAUCCAGCACCUAUCUGAUUCAAGACCCAACCGAUUCACAGAUCCAGCAGUUGUGCACUCAGCUCUGUACUUGAGUUUUGAUAGGGAAGGAGAUGGUGUUAGGAGUUGCUAUGAGCUGUUUAUUCAUUUGUCCAUAUUUUGUUUUUUGAUUGUUUGAGGCUCAUGUGAAACCCUGCUCUAUUUAUAGCUGAUGAUGCCCUUUGCCUUCGGACAUGCAUUCAAUGCCUCGAUAAAGUUAAAUAGAUUGAUUUUAUGCCCCUUAA